AUGCCCGAGAUCCAAGAAUGUUAUUGCAGUGGACUUCAACUGCAAGACUUCUACGAGGCGAAUUCUGAAGCUGACUGGCAUGUACUGGCUUUGUACUGCGAUGCAACCACCGAUGAGCCUAAAGCCCCUGGAUCACGCCAUGAACGAGGGCUUGUGGAUAAGCUCACCACGUCUUCAAAAGUCCAACGAGGCAAUACAAGUCAUCAAACACCACUUUGGCCGCCGUUUCUGGCAGAUCAUGCUCGACCUGCAGGGUUUCAAAUGCAAGAUCUCGUGCUCACGAAGGUGCUCUACACAAGCCGGAGCAUUGUUCUGAACUUUGGUAGAUGCUGGUUCCAACUCCAGUAUCUCACUCACACGUCAAUCCAGACCUACCGUCGGGCAUAUUGGGAGGUUCUCAAGGAGACGUCGUACAUUGGUGAUGGAGACAUGAAGAUGCGAAACUUUCGGAUUGGGCUAGCAUUCGAGUUCACGGAUUUUGUUGUAGCAUUUGUCUCCCAUGAUCAAGUUUUCCAGGUGACCUGGUCAUUGACCGAGAGCGGUCUCGCACACCAUGAUUUACACGUCCUGGAUCAGUGGGACAAUGUCUUGGCACGUAUAGCGACCUGGUGCGAGACGUACUACGUAGCUGGCCGAAAGAGGGGGAAACGAUUGGCGAUGCAUGUGCUCCGUUUCACCGGAGAUGUUUGGUUCGGUAUCGGUGUGUAUACCGUCUGCGAGAUCUUCUUUCUGGCUGGAAUAUCACCAUACCUCCGAGAGCAGGAGGUAUUUGGUAAUCCAUCACGCCUCGCGCGGUUGGUGUUGGCAUACUACACGUUUGUCUAUAAAGCGGUCAGAAAGACAUGGCCCAGGCGAGUAAAGCCGUGCAUCCGCGAUGGUGUGAUGGCGCCCACUGUAGAUGAACGACUUCGUGUGGGGAACACGAUGUGUGUGUGGGCGAAGGAUAAGGCUGGUGUUUCACAACGCCAGUCUAAUGUUAUUGCUGGCCAUGCACAUGCGGAUGCAGCAUGGGCAUCUGACGACGAGCUGUUUGAUCCGUUUGAGCCGACAUUCAUGCGUGCUGCCCUGGAACGCUCCCCGCAUCUUGGCCGCAUCGUGUUCGGUGAAACAUGGCCGAGCAUUGCCAGUGCGGAGCUCAGUUCUCCUGGCUGUCCCCCUGAUGUAUUGACAGCAUUCCUGAUGAAGUUCGAGUCUCGCAGCAAGAGCACUCAUCUCAACAUCACCACCCUGACACCACUGUUUCUCCCUGAAAAGGAUCUCUGCGCUCGGCGUGCGCUAACGUAUCGUUACCAAGUCGGUGGCAAGGGUGUGUGGUCUGUAGUAGCCGCACCUCGUGAACGCCAAUUCAAACGUACAGACAAGACCGAGAACCUGUUCCGGUACAUUGUAUUGAACACGGCGAAAGUUGCGGUUGGGCCCUUAGAAUAUUGUGCUAAUGCUGAAGCCAUUCGGAAACCUUCCAAGAUCGGUACGCGCAAGAAUGGUGCACAAUUUUAUGUUCUUCCAUCUCGGGGAGCACUCCCGUCCCAUGUCCCACUUUCACUGGCUCGUCGCAAUCUCAAGCAUCUGGAGCGUAGGAAGGCCAUGACCCCUGAAGCUCGAGCCAAACGUAAAGCCGCAGCGCAAGCUGCCAAGGUGAAAGCCGACAUCCAAGCGAAGAAGGCGAAGGCCCGGGCGCAGAAAGCGGCAGCAAAAGGCAAAGGCAAAUCGAAAUCGAAAACACCGACUCGGACAGUGCAGACUGGUAAUACCUCACUCACCGCACAGCAGCGCAAGGCGAGGGAAGCCCAGAUGAACAUUUUCAACAAACAGCCGCACAUCCUCAUGCGCGUGCAGGAGACCUCCGCUUCGAGCAUCGUCCAAUCGAACGAGAAUGCCACUUUGGACUCAGAUGUGGCGGUUUUGGUCAAGACAGUCAAGCGACGCAUACGCGCGGACCAGGAGGUGAUAUCGAACCAGGUCGUAAUCCAGGAGACAUCGAGACCGCGUCGCAGCAAUGGUCUGGUGCUGAAUACCAAGGAGCAUCCUGAUGAUGCGGCACUAGGCAUCAUGCAUAGGAGGAAACGCAGCCGUCUGACAUAGAUUUUGAUUGCCUACUGCCUAUCUACUGUGUCGAACAUCGAUUUGUAAAGAACACGUUGAUUGAACCUGUCCAAUCCAUCAUAUUGAACUCACC